AAAAAAAAAAGGGGUUGUAUUUACACUUUUGUUCCCCGUCCAAACGGUAAGGUAACUUGGGUUUUCAAAUCUAGGCUGCGUGAUUUGGAGUUUGAGACUAGACUCUGGCGCUCCUCCAUUUUUUCCAAUUCUUCUCAUUUCAUUCUAAUUCCAUCAGGUUAAUUCCAUUGUUGGUGAAUUUCAUAAAAAAUAAAUGAAAAUUGUUUAGAGCCAUGUUGCCGUCUAGGUUUUCUUUCUUUGGAGGUGGGGGAUCAAAAAAGGUUGGAAAUUCUGUGGAAGGCGGUAGAAGUGAAUUGAAUCCAACAUUAAAACUGCAAACAGAUAGAGAUGUGUAUAGAGCUGGAGAUUCUGUUUAUGUUACAAUUGAGAUCUGCAAUCCCCUUACUAGUGACAAUUCUGGUAGCACUGUACCUUCCCUUUUGAUUGAAAGGCUUGGCUUCGAGAUUAAAGGGAUCGAGAAGUUGGAUACGCAAUGGUUUGCCACCCAAAAACCAUUGGCUGGAACAAAAAGAAAGAGAGGUGAACAUGUCUUUUUGGACUGUUCAACACCAUCAAUGGUUUCAAAUCAGAUUGUGCCUUCUGGCUCUGCAAAAACUUAUGUGGUAUGGGCUGUGCUACCAAGUAUUAUACCACCAUCUUACAAGGGUGCUACCAUUCGUUAUUUAUAUUAUGUUAAGAGUACUCUAUCUGUUCGAUGGCUGAUACUGGAAAAUGGUCACUCCAGCGAGGAAUCAGUAAAAGAUCUUACCGAAGUGGAGGCCCGUGUUCCUUUGCAAGUAUGGGUAACUCAGAAAAGAAACGGCUUGGUAAUGGGAGAUGGUCAAAGUGAUGGUAUUGUUCCUGCUACAACCAUCCAGACGGAUACAUACUGGAAAGAGAUGGGUGGAGAUGCAGAAUGGUUACAGGCUAGAGUGAGUGACAUGUAUGAUGGUGUUGAGGAAGGGUAUGAGAGCUCAAGGGAUGAAAUAUCAUCUGUUUCAUCCUAUAAUCCUUCAAAGGAAAAUCUGUAUAAAACCUUUGGAAGUUCCCUAUCCUUGCAAUCAACAGACCGUUUGAGUUUAUCUUCAAAUGUUGGACUUCCUCGGUUAUCAGUAGCAGAGGUCUUGCAUGAUUCUAAUGCUGAUAUUUUGCCAGCAGAGAAGCCAUCGGCCAUUUUAUCUCCAAGUCAGCAGUGGACUCCUACAAGAUCCCUAGCUGCGGAUGAUAUAACAGGAGUAUCUUCUGCACCGAGCCCAAGAGCCACUGAGUCUGUGGCAUCAGAAGGCUUUAUUCGAGGAAGGUCUUAUAAUAUCAGGAUGGAUGACCAAAUUUUGCUAAGAUUUUCCCCUAAGAAUUCUGAGUCCACGUAUUACUUCAGUGAUAUGAUAGGCGGGACUCUUACUUUCUUUCAUGAAGAAGGCACUAGAAGAUGCCUUGAGGUUUCAGUCACGCUGGAAACUUCUGAGACUAUAAAUCGACGUUUUGUUCAUCCUUCCAGAAGGAAUUCUCCAACAAUUACAAAGGUUCAAAGCGAUCAUCAUGAGGUUGUUGCUGAUUUGGUACAGACAAGUUUUCUCUUUUCUAUUCCCAUGGAUGGCCCCAUGUCCUUUUCCACUCCUCAUGUCUCGGUGCAAUGGGCUCUAAGAUUUGAAUUUUUCACUACUCCAAAGAAUGUAGAUUGGACAAGAUAUGAGCACCCUCUUUUAAUAGAAGGUAGAGACAAAAGUGAGUGGGUUCUUCCUAUAACUGUGCAUGCACCUCCAACUGGAACUCCAGCCGCCCACACUAGGAAUGAGAAACCUUUCUCUUUAGAGUCCUUGUGGGUUCAUGGUUGAAGUUUUGCGGAAAAGAGCUCCCAGGCGUCACAGUUGAAUGGCAUAGCUUUUUGACUGGCGAGACUUUGAGGUUCACAGUAAAUGCAUUGGCACCUGGCUAUAAAUGCAGGCAAUGUGGAGCAUGUAACGGUUUUUGCAUCCAAGUUACCCCCACGAUAUCAAUAGCCUUUUCUCUUCUUUGUCUAUUAAGAAAGCCUGCACCAUAAAGCAGAAGGGAUGAAAUUAUGGGAGACGAAUCAAAUGUGAAGGAAAUCAAACAACAAUGGUCUGUGUCAAUACAUGUCCCACAGCUCCAUGUAUUUGUUGACUUGCAAAUGUUAACUAAUAAUAGAAGCAAAUAUUAACUAAUGAUGAGAUGAUUUUAUAAUUUCUUGUUUAUUUUUUGAAAGUUUAAUC